CGCCCCCGGCUUCCCUUCCUCCCAGCAUUGCAUAUACUAGUUUUGCCAACCUCCUCUCUUGUAAACUCCCAUCCAGACCUUAAGACCCAGCUUUGGUGUUUCCUCCUCCAACCCAUCCAAACAGAGCCAUCCUGUCCUCUGUACCUGUGAGAGGUUCCAUCACACACUGUAUGAGCUGAUAUGUCCAGCUCCCUGCGAGACUGUGAAAGACCCAGCUCUCCAUCUCAUAGGACUAUCAGUGCCCUGCGCUUGGAGACGUUUGUUGAAUGCCUGGGUGUGAGUACAGGUGGCCACUUGAGGUGGGCCUCCGGGAUUGCUGUCCUCAUGUGUCUGGUCUCUGCCCCUCUUCCCCGGUUUGCAGACCUGGACUUGGCUGUGCCAGAGACCGUCAGACUGGACAGCAGUUUACACAAGGCCCGAGCCCAACUACUGGCCAAGGGCCGGAGACACAGGCCCUCCCGCUCGAGGCUUCGGGACAGUGCCAGCUCUGCAGAAGAUGGUGAAGGCUCCGAUGGGCCCGGAGGCAAGGUGACCGAUGGCUGCGGGAGCCCCCUGCACCGGCUGCGCUCACCUCUGCACUCGGGCCCGGGGUCCCCAGCCGGGAGCUCCUUCUGCCUGGAGCCCCCGGGGUUGCGGCGCAGCCUGGACGAGGACGAGCCGCCGCCCUCGCCGCUCGCACGCUACAGGCCCCUGCACAACGCCGCCUCGCACGAGGGCCUGGCCGCCGCCUCCUGCUCGCCGCCGCGCUCCGCGCCCUCGUCCGACAGCUCGCCCAGCUUCGUGCGCCGCCAUGCCCGCGCCGAGCCGCACAGCGAAGAUGACAGCCGGGAUGCCAGCCCACCUGAGCCCGCCAGCCCUACCAUUGGCCUGGAUAAGAAGACUCGCCGAAAGUUCCUGGACCUGGGGGUCACCUUACGCCGAGCAUCCACUAGCAAGAGCCGGAAGGAGAAGGGCAGCAACCGUCUGUCCAUGGGCAGCAGGGAGUCAGUGGAGGGGUCCGGCAGGUCAGGGGGCUCCCCGUUCCUGCCCUUUUCCUGGUUCACAGACAGUGGCAAGGGCUCGGCGUGUUCUGGCAGCACCACCUCCCCGGCCUGCUCCCCUAAACACGAGCGCUUCAGCCCUAAGAAGUCAGCUUCUCAGGAAUCCACUCUGAGCGAUGACUCCACACCCCCCAGCAGCAGCCCCAAGAUUCCAAGUGGUCCCCGGCAGGCGGGCAAGUGUUCCUACCCCUACCACACACUGUCCCAGUCUUCGGAUGAGUUUCUGGAUGAACCUCUCCCCACCAUCUACCACUGGACCAGUCAGCAGGUGGGCCAGUGGCUGCACAGCCUCAACCUGGAGCAGUAUGCCGCGGAGUUUGCUGCGAGGCAGGUGGAUGGGCCACAGCUACUGCAGCUGGAUGGAAGCAAGCUGAAGAGCCUGGGGCUCAGCAACUCACAUGACCGGGCGCUAGUGAAGCGGAAGUUGAAGGAGCUGGCAGCGGCCGCUGAGAAGGAGCGCAAGGCCCAGGAGAAGGCUGCGCGGCAGCGUGAGAAGCUGCGGCGCAGGGAGCAGACGGCCAAGAGGAGCUAGGGAGACGGGCGGGCAGCUGCUGGGCUCUGAGGGCACAGGCCGCCCGGGGAAGUGGGGCCUGGCCCCAUGUUCUCAGGAGGAACAGCCCUCUCACCCUGUCUUCUAUCUGGACCCAGAUUCCUCAGAAAGGGAGACCCCAAGGGGAGGACCCAGUAAUAAAUCCCAUUUCAAGGACUCGUCUGGCACACGGUUCCUGGGGGAAGUGGCAGAUUAUGGGCAGAGACGCCAGGGCUGAAGCAAGUCUGGGAGCCCGGAAGUGCCUGAGUCAUUCUGACCCUCUGCCCUCAGGCCAUGGUGGUCCUGGGACCAGCAGUGAAUUAGGAGGCCUGCUUACCUACCAGAAGCCCUGGGCUCAGAGAGGUGGGCCGGGCAUCUCUGCAGGAGCAGGUAGAUAAAGCAGCUCCUUUCCAGCUCUCCCAGGUGACUGUGUGUCAGGAGAGCCCUGUCCUGCUCCGCAGGGAGGCUGGUGGGCCUGCAGCAAGUUGCAUGCAAGGUAGGCUCCCGGUCUGCACUCGUCAACAGGAGGGCAGAGAAAGCAGCGUGAUUACCCCACAUCAUCUCUGCAAGGACUUCAGAAGGAAGGGAGGAGGCAAAGCUCCUCCUUUUCCCUGUCCCUGUCCUGUGGGUCUCAGUGUUGAGAUAAUGCCCUUGCAGGUCUGCCCCUCCUGAGGCCCAAAGCCUGGUCUCUGACCCACUCCCCAAGCUGGGCCCACUUCUGCUGCUCCCUCAGAGGCCACCUGGGCCCUCCCUGAGGACAGAGCAAACUUGGGAGCUGGUGGCCACAGAAGACACCCCCUACCAAUGCCUAGAUGGUCCUGAACUGGUGAAUCCUCGUCCCAGCCAAGCAGAGAGGCAAAAUCUGGGAGGUCCCCCGGAGGCUGCUAAAUUGGAAAGGUUCAUCAGCCGUCCCCCAUCUGCCCUGGUCCCUAGCAAGGCCUCAGUGGGUUCCAGAACUGGCAGACGGUGCGGGCUCCGGUUCCUGGGCCACAGGGAGGGGUGGGGCCAGCUCCCUGGGUGGGGGUGGAGUCUACCCCAGCAGCCCAGAGCAAGCCAUCUGUCCUUGUAGGGAGGGAGCAUGCGGCUACGGUGCUGGCCAGCGGCUAGCCCAGCUUCUGGAGCACUGGCCGGAGUUAACAAUGAGGCCAGUGGCCUCCGAUUAGAGACCUCGCUCCACCUCCUCCCAUCCGCUUGGAGCGGUGGACAGGACCUGAUGCAUGCCUACUCCCCUCGUUCCAGCCCAAGCGCUGUGGCCUGAGGGCUACCCCUAUUCCUGGGUCUCAGUCCUUUCCUCCUCUCUGCUAUCUGUGCCGGGAGAGGGGCUUCAGAGAGGGGACUGAGAUAUGGGGGCAUCAGUACCAUCUGGGCCCAGAGGAGGGGCCAGUGGGGAAGGUGAAAAGUUCCCAGGUCCUUGAAGCCAUCAGGAGUUAUCUGGGUGCCCACCUGCAUGUGAAGGGGGAGGCGGUACUCAGUUUAUUUCAAUAAACACUUACGAUGUG